AUGCAGGCUCAAAACACAGUCCGGAAAUGUUGGAAAUGGAAGGCGCUGCAGAGCGCCGGACUAAUAGUAGCCAUGGUAUGCGCCAUAGGCGUGUGUCUGCUUUUUUAUAGGAUAAAACUCAGAGAAAGCGCCGGGCCUAUAGAGCACCCGGUCUUAAAAGAGAUUUCGAGCCUUUUGGGCGCGGCCCAGAAGCAUGUUUCCUGCUUGCGCGAAGAGCAUGCGCAUAUUUCGGGCCUUUUGGAGGCCGCCCAGAUAAAGAUUUCGGUCUUCGACGCGUCCUUAAAAAAGGCUGCAAAGUCGAAGGCCAUGGAGAGUAUGCGCUUGAUGAAAAAUAUAAGACCACGCUACUAUUGCAGAUGGCCCAGCACUAGAGCUUUAAGAAUGUUUAGGAGAUGA